AUGGCCGAGACGAGAGCCAACGACGCCCCGGCCAGACUCAACAGAGAGAGAUCGAGAAGGGAGAAACAUUCCUGCUGUAUGGCGGGGCACCAUGACGCGGCCGUCCACAAUCACAUCGGCUCCUUCCGGGCGUUGUUACUAGCUGAAACGGAUAGGCUGGUGAGCUCUGUCGUCGGAGGCAGCGGCGGCGGCGGCAUCCAUGCCACCACCGUGAAAGCUGUCGGAGACUUCCUGAUCAGCUUCAACGGCGAGGGCACAAUCCCUUGGGCUCGACUCUACGACUCUUUCCCGUCUUGGCAGCAGCGGUCCGGACUUCUGAAUGAAGCGUGGGACAGAGACGAAGAUCUUCACAAGGCUAAGGUGAUUUUCACGCUAAUCACCGCUGACGGAAAGGGCGCUAUCAACAGGAAGGCACUGGGGGCCGGAGGCAACUGGGAAAUCAAAAGUGGAGGCAAGAUAGGGCACGACGUCCUCCUACGCAAACUGUAUUUAAAAAAUGGCGGCUCCGUGAAAUGGAGUUCCAUCACAAUGUUCGAGUUCCAUCUCAAAAUGGAUCUCAAGACCUCCUUCCAUCCUGGCUCGUCUCCUCGUUCCCCUUUGUUGUCUAGGGUCGCCGCCCGCCGCCGCCGCCGCCGGCCAAGCUACCCUUUACCAAGUCCCGCACCGCCACACCCAAACUUUAGUAAGCGACCGACAAACAGGCAUGUCGACGGAGAGGAUCCGCCCCGAGUUGCUAUCUGUGUGCUACAUCCGACCAACUAUCGUCAUGUUAUUCGGGAUUUGAAGAACUACGUCCUUGAGGGAGACUUUCCAGGACGAAAUCAAGCAAACCUGCAGGUGGAGCAAUACCAAGACCCUCCUUGUGAUGCUGGAUUCAGGAAUGGUCAACAUGUUGAUCACACCACUAUUCCAGCUUCUAACAGUGAGAGGGACAUUCUGGGAGCAAAUCAAGCAGACCAGAUGGCAGUGCAACACGAGGGACAUUAUUUAGUUCACAAUGUUGCUCGAUUCGGGAAUGCUACCCUGUUCAAUUACACCGCUAAUCCAGUCUCUAACAGUGAGACAAGUUAUGGCCAGCCAUCAAUUCGUUCCUCCCAGGAAGCCCCACCACCACAGGCAUUUUUGGAUGGUCUUUGUCAGUUUCUAUUUUCAGAAGAGCCUGAUGGACAACAUUCUCAUGCUGACGAAAUGGCAAUCUUUAACGUCUUCUACAAUUUACUUUGACUGGGAAUAGGAACAUGUAGGCUAUUACACCAGUCCAGGAUUCCAUGGAAACCAGACGUUAUGCCGAGACCUGAGGCCAUUGAUGCGUACAAGAUGUUGCGGGUUGUAUUUUGAAUCAUAAUAAUUUGGAUAGUUUUUGUCCCAUUUCUGGAACAAUUUUAUCCUUCGGCGUCAUCAUUUCCCAAUGAGCUUUUAGACAGCGAUAUGACAUAUAUGAGUAGCUAUGCAUAUCUUUAUGUCAUUGCAUUUUUGUAUUAGGACAUUUUGGAUAAUUUUUGUACUGUUCCUUGGACAAUGCUACUAUAUAAUAGUUAUAGUAUAUACCACUUUUGAUAGAACAAUUAUAUUUGCUGGUUGCUUGGCAACAGCAAUGCAAGUAAACUCCAUUAUCGAUCUGUACACUACC